AUGCGACUGACACCUCUAUCCCAGCUCAACACCACUAGAAGACAUAUUCAGGCUCAUGGUUUGAUCCCCAAUACCUCGAGCUGCCACCCUUUAGUGAUAUACCACUCGGCAUUCCCUCCAACGGUGACAGCAACCGAUAUCGAAUCUCACCUUCGUCACAUCGACGUUGUCGUUCCCGCAUGGCGAUACACCAUGUACUCUUUUGAUCAUUUUCACGCGACGACUCACGAAGUGCUAUGUGUAUACUCUGGACAAGCCAAGUUAUGUUUUGGAGGCGAAACGAAUCCAGAUCGUGUCCUGAUCAAUGCUCAAAAAGGAGAUGUCAUACUUUUGCCUGCUGGGGUAUGUCAUCGAUUAUUGGAAGAACUCGAAAAGCCAUUCAUGAUGGUCGGAAGUUAUCCUCACGAAAAGCGUCCGGAUAUGUGCUAUGGGAUAGAGACUGAGGAGGAAAGCAUUCGAAAGAUUGCCGACCUUGGAUGGUUCGAAACGGAUCCGAUUUACGGCGGCGGGUCAGAUGACAACUGA